UAGCUUUUGCCUUUAAAGUAUAGCUCCUAUUUAAAACGCGCUUUAGUCACAAUUCGAAUUUCGCCAGCAACACAGUAAACAGCAGGAGAGAAGCGCGACACAGAUUGAACAAUUGAAUACGCCUUGCAGAUUACACACGGAACCUGUCCGUGAGUCAGUGUCAGAGUGUCAGAAGAGUUUUCUUCCGAAGUGCGAGAAGUGCGUGAAGUCCGAGGCGGUGAAGUGUUACACAGAGAAUGUCCCAGACCCUGGACGAUCUGCUCUUGCGGCAGGAGCAUGCCCGACAAUUGCGUCAGGUGAAUCGCUCCAAAUUUCGUCGCAUCAAUUCCCUGGACCUCAUACCGGAGCAUCCCAGUCAAGACGAAUCGGAGAAUGAGGAUGGUGGUGCUGCCGCUGCUGCUGCACCGCACAAACAUUUUGUGGCACUGCGUCGCCAGCGCACCGCCGAUGGCAGUCUGCUGCGCAGCCACUCCCAGUCCCAGUUGCCCUCCCAGGAGCGUCCGCUGGGCACUCGCAUGCUGCUCUUUGGACCCCAGCUGCUGAUGCGCUGCCUGCUGACGCUGCUCCGCUACAUCCUCUACAUUCCACUGUCCAUAGCGGCGCCCAGUUUCUGGCUGUCGGCGCUGCUCUGGAUCUUCUGGAAGCUGCUGCGAGUGCCCAUUGGCAUGGUCAAGUGGCUGCUCAGCGGCGACGAGGACGUGGCCACGCCGCAGCGCCAACGGACGAUACUCCUCAGCUGUGGCAGCACCAUUCAGACCCUCCACUUGGCCCGCAACUUCUACGGCUCUGGGGCACGCGUUGUGGUCUUCGAGUUCGAGGGACUCUUCGGCCUGGCCCGCUUCUCCACGGCCGUGGACAAGUUCUAUGUGGUGCCACGGCCCACCAGCAGCAACGCGGACCAGUACAUUGCCGCCUUGUGCCACAUUGUGAAGAAGGAGCGUCCGGCCGUGUAUGUGCCGGUGUGUGCCACGAGUCCCGCCUACUACGAUGCCCUGGCCAAGCCCCACCUGGAGGUGCUCGGCUGUGCCAGCUUUGUGCCCAGCGUGCAGGAGACUCAACAGCUGGACGACUGUCUGCAGCUGUUCCAGCGCUGCGAGUCGCAGCAGAUGCCACUGCCCGCCCAUGUGGUGCUCACGGCACCGCGCCAGCUGCAGCAGAUCUACGAGAGCGGAUUCGUGGGCAGCUACCGCAACAUCCUGAUGGCCGCCGGCAUGCAGGGAGUGCUGGAGCGGCACAAGUACAUUCUGCCCAAUCGCAGGGCGGAGCUAAAGUUCAGCCAGCACGAGAUAAGCGAGCGGCAGCCCUGGCUGGUGGUCAGAGAUCAGCCCGGCUAUCACCACUACGUGACCUGCACCACCGUCAAGGACUCCCGCGUGGUGGCCAAUGUCAGUUGCCGGGUGGAGCAUCACACCAAGAACCUGGUGCCCUGCCGCCGCGACGACGAGGCCCAGAUCGAGCUCUGGCUGCGCUCCUUCUUCGCCAAGGUGCGCUUCCAGCGCAGCAUCAAUGGCCACAUCAGCUUUCGGCUGGUCAAGUCGCCCGCCCAUGGCGGACAGUUUGUGCCGCUGGGCACGAGGCUGGGCGUGGCCCUGCCCUACAUCUGCCACAAUCGCUCGCACGCGCAGCUGCUGUGCCGCGCGAUGAAGUGCAUCCAUAGGCGGGGCCUGCCCGAGGACGAGCUGACCAACUGGAGCUGGUCCUCGCUGGAGCGCAGCACCUCGACCACGGCGCUGGACAAGCGCGAGGCAUUGUUUGCCUACUGGGAUCCUCUGCCAUAUUGCGCCUACUAUCACUUCCAGCUACCGCUGGAGUCCGUCAAGCUGUUGCAGCGCCGGAAUCGCGAUCGCGCCACAACCAAAAGUUUAUCGCCCCGCAUCACGGUGCCGGUUCAUUGAACGAUCGGUCCACGGGCGGACAACACAUCGGGCGGAGACGGGGGGGAC